AUGUUGAAAUUAAUUGUUAUUUGGUUAAUAUUUAUGGUUAUAUUUACGUUAGGCGAUAAUUUAAAAAGCGAUACUGUUCGAAAACAACAACAAGAACAACAACAAUUAUUUAGCGGUGGUGGUACACUUUUAUCAUCUGAAUAUCAAGAAAAGUUAAAUUCAUUUUAUGGUAAUCCAAAACAAAAAUGGAAAUUGAUUUAUAAGGCAACACGUGAUGGUUUCAACGCAGAAGAUUUUCAUCGAUUAUGUGAUGAUAAAGGUCCAACAAUAUCUAUUGCAGAAUCAAAAGAUGGUGGUUAUUUAUUUGGUGGUUUUACAACACAAUCGUGGACUAGUGUUACAGGUUAUAAAAAAGAUGAAAAAGCAUUUUUGUUUACGUUAACAAAUCCAUUUAAAAUUGCACCAACAAAAUUUUUAAUUGCUUCUGGGGCAGCAGUCGAAAGUGCUGUUUUUCAUUCUGAGUAUACUGGUCCAUCUUUUGGUGACGCUGAGCUUGUCAUAGGUGAUCGUUCAAAUUUAUCAAUAACAACACAUUGGAAUUUUCCAGAAGUAUAUGUUGAUACAACCGGCAAAGAUGAUAAAUUAUUUACUGGAUCAGGAAAUAGCUUUAUAGUUAAAGAAAUUGAAGUUUAUAAAUGUUUAAAUUGUAAUGACGAUGAUAAUGAUAGUACAACUGAUCCAAAUCAUUGUGAUGUUAAUGCAGAUGGUCAGCAGGAAUUGUUUAAAGGUACAACUGUAUUAUCUCCAGAAUAUCAAAAAAAAUUAAAUGAAUUUUAUGAUAAUCCAAAACAGAAAUGGGAUUUAUGUUAUAAAGCAACAAUAGAUGGUUUUGGUGUAAAAACUUUUCAUCAAAAAUGUGAUAACAAAGGACCAACAAUGACCAUUAUACAAUCAUCAGAUGGUGACGGUUAUUUAUUCGGUGGUUUUACAAAUGUACCAUGGACAAGUUCGUCUGGCUAUAAAACUGAUCCAAAAGCAUUUCUAUUUACAUUACAUAAUCCACAUCAUAUACCGGCAGCAAAACUUUUAGUUUCUGAAAAUGGUGUAAAUAGUGCGGUUUAUCAUUCGUCAUUCUAUGGUCCAUCAUUUGGUAGGGGUGAUAUUCGUACAGGUGAAAAUUCAAAUUUAACAGUAAUACCAUCUACUAAUUUUCCACAAAUAUAUUUGGAUACAACAAAGAUAGGUGAUAUAUUAUUUACCGGAAUAUCAGAUGACAUUAAAAUUAAAGAUAUUGAAGUGUAUAAAUUUUUAAAUUUAAAUGAUGCUGAAGUUUCUAAGGAACGUUCUUCUUUUACUCCUCGAGUUAAUUGUUCAGAUACCGAAAAUAUAAAUUAUACUCUUGUCUAUUAUAUGUCCAAUCCAACAUAUGUUCAAAAGACUUGGGCAACAAAAACGUUUACAUAUCGUACAAAAUGUUUUAAUACGACAUUAAGAUUUGAAAUGCAAAAUAAGCCAGGACAUACAUUUAUUGAUAAUAUUUCUGUUAAAAAUGCUCGUAAUAAUGAAGAGUUACUUAUUAAUGGUGAUUUUGAAAAUACAAAUAAUCAUAAGUUGGGAUGGAAUUAUGGCAGUGCUGUACAAUAUAUUAAAAAUACAAAUGGAUGUGAACCAACAUAUUGUUAUAAUCUUAAUGCUGACAGUGUUUAUUGGUUUUCACAAACAUUUCACACUGAACCAAAUAGAUUAAUAAAUAUUAAAUUUGAUAUUAAAUGGAGUACUGUGGGACCUGACAUUUUAACGGCAGUUACAAUUUACCCAUGA